UUUACUAGUCUACUGUGAACAUUACUGAGACUUGAGCAUUGACUUCAGAGGAGAUGAAAGACUUUAUCAUCAUCAUCAUCAUCAUAAUUCUACGGUCUAAGCAAAGCAUGCAAUUGAUUGAUCUGCAACUAUGAACCACAGACGCCUUCUCCUGUGUUCAUUUCUGGUGUGCUUUGUGCUUCAAUGUCACCCUACUACUACUAGAGACAUCAUCACCAGUAGUGGAAACGAUUUUCUCAAAGAUGGAGAAACUAUUGUUUCAGCUGGGAAGAGUUUUGAGCUAGGGUUCUUUCCUCCUCAGGGUGAAAACAGUUAUGGCGGCAGAUAUGUUGGGAUAUGGUAUUAUGAACGCAAACCUCGAACAAUCGUCUGGGUUGCCAACAGAGAUAACCCUUGUUCAGAUUCUCCAGGAACCAUUCUUGCCAUUCAACACGGUAACCUUACUGUAUCAAACGAAAAUGGAGAUUCUUGUUUCUCCGUGGGGCAUCCCUCCACCCCCAGGUCUUACAACCGGACAGCACAGCUUUUGGAUUCAGGGAAUUUGGUUUUCAGGGACGAAUCAGGGAAAAUUCUGUGGCAGAGUUUCGAUCACCCAACCGAUACUUUCCUCCCCGGGAUGAAGAUGACACCGGGCUUAAAAUUGGUUUCCUGGAAUCAGAACAAGCCUGGAACUGGAAAUUACACAUUCCAGGUUGAUAAAGGCACGGACCAGUACAUCAUUUCCAAGGAACAAUCAGCAGAACCCUUCUGGAAAAGUGGAGAUCCCCUGGCCAGUUCAGUUGUGGAGGAGGUAACGUUCUUGCUGUCAAAUUUCAGCAGAACUGUCCUGAGUAAAAAGUCCAGGUCCAACCACAUCAGGACCCUCAACUACUCGUCUCUGUCCUCAUUCAAUGACACAACAAAGUACAAGGAUACAAGGUUGUUGAUGAAUUCCUCCGGGGAGAUACAGUUUUAUGUCUGGGAUAAUAAUGAGAAAACCUGGAAUUUGCCAUGGAAAGUCCCACAAGACAACUGCAGUUUGUAUAAUUUCUGCGGGAACUUUGGUAUUUGUAGCAGGAAUAACGCUGAGUCGCCCUGCAAGUGCUUGGACGGGUUUGAUCCUAAGUAUCCUGGCGACUGGAAAGCCGGGAGAUAUUCCGGGGGUUGUGUUAGGAAGUCUGAGACUAGCUGCAGCCAAAAUAUUACAUUUCUUAAUCUCACAUCAAUAAAAGUUGAUUACCCAUACCCUUCUCCUAACUCUAUGACUGAUGAAGAGCAGUGCAGAAAGGAGUGCUUGGAUGACUGUGACUGCCAGGCAUAUUCUUUUGGAGGUGAACAACGCGGUGAAGACGGUUGCAGGAUUUGGACUGCAGAGCUCAAUGAUCUCCAGGACUAUUAUGACCAUGGCUUUAAGCUUUCUGUCCGUGUUGCUGAUAUAGAGCUACAAGCGCAAGGAUCAUCAAGCGAAAGGAAAGAGGCAACUGCAGUGUUGAAAUCACUGGCUAUUUAUAUCUUAGGAGUUGUAGCAUUUGUACUUUUAUGCAGCUUAGGUUGCAUAGUUUAUAAAAGAAAAUUGGCUGGGAAUAGAAGAGAAAUUAUCUUGGGGAUGCCAAACGUUGGAAUGCAAGAACAAGACUUGAUAACAGAGUAUGACAAGAGAAAAAUUGAAGUUCCAUUUUUUAGCUUGAGAGCCAUAUUAGCAGCCACAGACAACUUCUCCGAUGCAAAUAAGCUCGGACAAGGCGGAUUUGGUCCAGUCUAUAAGGGUAAUUUUCCAGGAGGGCAAACAAUUGCAGUGAAAAGGUUGUUAAGCAACUGUGGACAAGGAGUGGAUGAGUUCAAGAACGAGGUCAUGUUAAUUGCCAAGCUUCAACACCGCAAUCUAGUGAAGCUUCUGGGCUAUUGCAUAACCACAAAUGAAAAGAUUUUGUUAUACGAAUAUAUGCCAAAUAAAAGCUUAGAUUUCAUCAUAUUUGACCGCCAACUCAGCGUGACACUCAAUUGGACGAGGCGAUUUGAUAUCAUCUUGGGUAUUGCUCGGGGUCUUCUUUAUCUCCAUCAAGAUUCAAGGCUGAGGAUUAUUCAUAGAGAUCUAAAAGUAAGCAACAUUCUACUGGAUGAGGAAAUGAACCCCAAAAUUUCAGAUUUUGGCUUGGCAAGAAUCGUUGAAGGCAAAAGAAUUGAAGCUAACACAAACAAAGUUGUUGGAACAUUUGGAUAUAUGUCUCCCGAAUAUGCAUUAGAAGGGCUCUUCUCAAUCAAAUCAGACGUAUAUAGCUUUGGAGUUGUCCUCCUCGAAAUCAUUAGUGGAAGGAAGAACAUGUCGCUUUACCAAUCUCAAGAAGCCUUGAACCUCCUGCGCCAUACAUGGAAGCUGUGGAUGGAAGAGAUGGCGGUUGAAAUAGUAGACCCAGUAGUGCUAAAUUCUUUGAGCAGAGGCGAAAUCUUGAAAUGCAUACAUAUAGGAUUGCUAUGCGUGCAAGAAGAUCCCAGUGAUCGCCCAACCAUGACGGACGUUGUUAUAAUGCUGGUGACUGAAAGCAUGGCUCUUCCCAGACCUAAUCAGCCGGCUUUUGUAGCGAGGAAGCGCCUUUCCGCCAUUUCAUCUUCAUCUUCCUCGUCCAAGCCUAAUGAAUUAACAGUCACAAAGCUGGAAGGCAGAUAUAUUAGCCUUUUAUUUGCUAAGCCAUCUACGAAUAUGACAACUCUUAUGUUAGUUCGAGAUGCCAUCGUAUUCACAGCUGGAAACGCUGUAAUCAUGCAUGGCCCGGUCAGCUUCACUUUUGUUAACGGUUCUACUCUGUAUAAUAUUACUGGCUCUCUAGUGUUGACUUCAUUUUCAUCCGGGAUUGAUUGCCAUCAUCCCGUGGUCUCAACAAACAUGGAAUUAAUCUGUACUGUACCCAAAGCCUCAAGAUCAGAUCUUGAAGUCAUGGGGAAACCCACCAUUAUUGCACGGUCUCAAAGCCACUCAUCGCAGUACAUCUGCCAGCUCUUCUGUGCAGUAUUAUUCAUGUCGUGCUUUAUGCUUCCGUGUCACGGUAGAGACGCCAUCACCUCCGGAGGCAGUUCAUUAGCUGAGAAUGAAACACUUGUUUCAGCUGGGAAAACAUUUGAGCUGGGUUUCUUUCAAGACGAACAACAUUUAAACUGGUAUGUAGGCAUUUGGUAUUACAAUUUAAACCCCCGAACAAUUGUGUGGGUUGCCAACAGGGAUUCUCCAAUUUCAGAUUCUUCUGGAGUUGUUGUCGUCGUUAAAGAAGAUGGAAAUCUUUAUGUUCUGAAUGGUAGUGGUGCCACAUGUUUCUCCACACAGCUUGAUACUACGCCCUCUUCUAAGUCUUACGUUAGGACAGCAAGGCUUUUGGAUUCAGGGAACUUAGUUCUGAUUGAUAAUGUUUCAAGAAACACUACUUUAUGGCAAAGUUUCGACUAUCCAGCCGAUACUUUUCUUCCUGGCAUGAAAAUGGAUGAUAGUUUAACACUGAUUUCCUGGGCAAGUUCUGGCUACAAUCCCACACCCGGAAAUUCCACCUUCAGACAAGAUCCAGGAGACAAGGACCAGUACAUCAUCUAUAAGAGAUCGGUAACAUACUGGAAAAGUGGAGUAGGAGACCAAUUAACCAGUUUAUAUAGUUUGCCCCCUGCUGUAUCCUCCUUGCUAUCCAAUUCUAAUCCAAAAGUGUCAAGUCUGCCUCCAUACGAAAAUCCAAGGCUAUUGAUGAAUUCCUCUGGGGAAAUACAAUUCUAUAGCUGGGAUAGGGAUAAAACCAGUUGGUCUUUGCAAUGGUCAGAGCCACACGAUCGUUGCAGUGUGUAUAACAUAUGUGGGAAGUUUGGUAGCUGUAGCAACAACAACAAGAAUGGUUUGCUGUGCAAGUGUUUGCCGGGGUUUGAGCCUACUAAUUCCGAGGAUUGGGGAGCUAAUGUAUUUUCAGGUGGUUGUUCUAGGAAGCCAGCUAGUAGCUGCAACCAGAAUGCCAAGAGAGACACAUUCUUGAAUCUUACUUCAAUGACAUUUGGGAAUCCAGACUUGGCUUAUCCAAAUGCUAAAACUGAAGAAGACUGCAAACAGGAAUGCCUUAACAAUUGCCUGUGCCAGGCUUAUUCCUAUAGUGCAUUGGAUCGUACUCGAAGACAAAGAGGGACUGGUGACCUUAGACAAGAAUGCAGAAUUUGGACAUCUGAUGUCAUUGCUCUCCAACAGAAUAUCACAAAUGGUCUUAACAUUUCGAUCCGCAUUGCAAUUUCAGACAUGGGUAAGAAUGAUAAACCUCAAGCAGAGCCAACUUGUAGCGCUUCUAUUGACUGUGAGGAUUGGCCCAACUCAAUUUGCAAUGCUACAAAACAAGGGCUGGGAAGGUGCCUAUGCAAAUCUGGUUUCAAAUGGGAUGCCUUAAGCUUAAAUUGUACCUCAGAAGCAGGGUCAUCAAGCGAAAGGACACAAUCUUCUGUGAAGUUCAGAUCAGUGAUUAUUUCUAUCUCAGUGAUUCUAGCCCUUGUAAUCUUGAGCAGCAUUAGCUACAUAAUUUAUAGAAGAAAUUUGGUUCAUAAAAGAAAGGUGAAUAACUUGGCAAACAUUGAAGACCAGGAGAAUGACUUGUUAACUGAGGAUGAUAAGAAAGCUAUUGACAUUCCAUUUUUUAGUCUGGAAACCAUAUUGGCAGCAACAGAGAGUUUCUCUGAUGCAAACAAGCUCGGACAAGGGGGUUUUGGCCCGGUAUAUAAGGGUGUUUUUCCAGAAGGGCAAGAAAUUGCUGUGAAAAGGUUACUAAGCCAGAGUGGACAAGGUGUGAAUGAAUUCAAGAAUGAGAUUGUGUUGAUUGCCAAGCUUCAACACCGCAACCUAGUGAAGCUUCUAGGCUAUUGCAUCACAACAAAUGAAAAGAUUUUGUUGUAUGAAUACAUGCCAAACAGAAGCUUAGAUGCCUUCAUAUUUGAUUGCACACUCUCUGUGACACUGGAUUGGAAACUGAGGUUUGACAUUAUCUUGGGCAUUGCUAGAGGUCUCCUUUAUCUCCACCAAGAUUCGAGGCUGAGGGUCAUUCAUAGGGAUCUUAAAGCUGGUAACAUUUUAUUAGAUCAAGAGAUGAACCCUAAAAUCUCAGAUUUUGGGCUGGCAAGAAUUGUUGAAGGCAAAAGUAUAGAAGCCAAUACAAAGAAGGUUGUUGGAACACUUGGAUAUAUGCCUCCGGAAUAUGCAUUGGAAGGGCUCUUCUCAAUCAAAUCAGACGUUUUUAGUUUCGGCGUGGUUGUACUUGAGAUGAUCAGCGGGAGGAGAAACACAUCAUUUUUCCAAUCUCAAGAAUCCUUGAACCUCUUAGGCCAUGCAUGGAAGUUUUGGGUGGAAGAGAAGGCACUGGAUAUGAUGGAUCCGAGUCUCCUCUCAUCUUGCAACCAAAGUGAAGUCUUGAAGUGCAUAAAUAUGGGGCUGUUAUGCGUGCAAGAAGAUCCAAACGACCGACCAACAAUGUCGAAUGUUGUUAUAAUGCUAGUGACUGAAAGCAUGAGUCUUCCACGGCCGAAGCAGCCGGCGUUUGUAGCAAGGAGGCGCGUCUCCGACACGGCGUCUUCUUCUUCGUCCAAUAUAUGCGUCUAUUCCAACAACGAAUUGACUGUUUCAGUGGUGGAAGGCCGAUAGUUAGAUGAGAUGGAUAAUCCAUCUUUUACUUUACCCUCGUCACUUCUACACUCCCAACCUUAGUCAACAAAAUUUCUGGGUCGCCGUGUUGGGUAGCCUCAUGAUGAAGGGAAUUGGGGCGAAUGUA